AUGUCUCUACAAGCAGUGGCGGGUAACCAGCCAUGCCACCAAGCCACCGCAAUCCGACUGCUAACCGACUCCCUGUAUGAGUCGACGCGCGGGUCAACGGCCCUAACAAACCAGACCCAAAACGAGCUUGGGCUGCUUCUGGGCAGACUAAGCGCGACUGAGGCGUAUACUUCUUCUCUAGGCGCAGAAUGCGUCCAUUACACAGUCUUGAAAAAAAGAUUGCAGACAUGCCAUGUCAUCCUGGGGGAGUUGCAGAAGCUGGUGCUACAUCCAGAUACGCUCGGGGCUCAGAGUCUGAUUUCUGACAUUCGCGCGCGCCUCUCGUCGGUUAUUUGUGGGCUUGAUGAGGUGAAUUUGAAUAUGAUGAUAUCAUCACAGAAGAUUAUUGAGAAUGCGCUGAAGCGUUUUGUCGAUGAAAUUCGCGCUGACAAGAGAAAUGGUUCGGUUGUUUCUGACAUUUUGAAGGAUUCUUCAAAGCUUGAGGAAAUUAAAGCUUGGACUCGGCUGCAGGGGGAGUUGGUCGCUACUGGUAUUGCUUCAGAUUUAUUGACUCUGACCCGUGACUUUGUUAUCUCGACGCUUCAAAAGAUAAUACAGACAGAUGGUCCACUACCUGUUAACAAUGGGAACACGGCUCCAGUGGAGGAAGUCUGUGGGUCUACGGCACCAGCACCGACCCUGGAAUUAGAACGCCAGAGAAGCCUGGACGAGGAUGACUGGCUAUCAGACGAACCAGCUGGCCUUCCAUUUCUCCCGCUCCCGCCGAAAGGCUUCUCAUUUUUAGAUAAGCGCAGAUCAUAUUCAAGCCAAGCGCAGCCAUAUCUGGGAAAAGAGACAAUAAGAGAGGACUUUCCAAUACCAGAGAGGUUGGAUAUACAAGAUUGCACAGAUACACAGAAACAAGCGCUACCAGUCGACGACUUUCCAAUACCAGUGAUGUUGGACAUGCACGAUUCCACAGAUACACAGAAGCAAGCGCUACCAGUCGACGACUUUCCAAUACCAGUGAUGUUGGACAUGCACGAUACAGAUACACAGAAGCAAGCGCUACCAGUCGACGACUUUCCAAUACCAGUGAUGUUGGACAUGCACGAUACAGAUACACAGAAGCAAGCGCUACCAGUCGACGACUUUCCAAUACCAGUGAUGUUGGACAUGCACGAUUCCACAGACACACAGAAACAAGCGCUACCAAUCGAAAACUUCCCCAUCCCAGCUUCCACAGAGACUACUCUACAAUACACCGACAUGCACCUCCCAGAACCGGUAACGGUACCAAUUGAGAAACAGAAAAGGACCUUCAAUCCAUCAAUAGACCUCCACCCCUUCAAAGUUCCAAUUCGCUCAAAAAAGUCCCACCGAAUGAGCCGCAUGCUACGGGACAUGUUGUGGGACCCGAACGGCCCCAAAGAAACCUUCAUAGCCGCCGUAAAAGCCAACCAACACCAAAUGGUCCAAACCCUUCUCUCCAAGGGCACCGAUGCCAAUACCCAAAACACCGAUGGCCAAACAGCCCUAAUGGCCGCCGUCUCCUUCGGUCACGAACCCAUAACCCGCCUCCUACUCGAAUACGGAGCGAACAUGAACAUACAGGCCAUGAAAGGCGAGACCGCGCUCGCCAUCGCCGCGGCACGCGGCCACGACCGCAUCGUGCGAAUUCUGAUUGCCUCAGGCGCGAGCGUGGAUGUGGGCAAGGGGGUUAGCAAGACGGCGCUUUCGCAGGCUGCUACGUACGGGGAGGACCGGAUUGUGGAGCUGUUGCUGGACUGCGGGGCUGAUAUUGACGCUGUUAAUAACACGGGGGAGACGGCGUUGGCGUUGGCGGCGUUGAAUGGGAAUAUGAGGGUUGCAAGGUUGUUGCUUGAUCGGCGUGCAGCUGUUGAUCUUAUGCGGUAUCCUUGGCAGACGCCUUUGUGUAAUGCUGUUCAGUCGGAUGAGGCUGAGAUGGUUAGGCUUUUAGUGCAGCAUGGAGCGGAUCCGUUUCUUAAGGUGGGGAUUGGUCGGAAGAAGACGGUUUUUGCUAUUGCGAAGGAUACGGGGAGGAGACAGAUUUUGGAGAUUUUUGAGCAGCUUGGGUAUCAUUCUGGGGGUCAGGUUCGGUAUCAAUAUUUCUGA